AUGUUUAACAUCAUGAAGUAUUAUUUUUGUUGUUGUUACAGCGGUUAUGAAAGCCUAAUCGACAACUUGAUGUCAGAGCUGCCAGGUGAUAUAGUGACCUACAGACGACCCGUCCACUGUGUCCACUGGAAUAACACAGAGAAGAGACAAAGUCCUGUGGUGAUUGAAUGUGAUGAUGGAGAGAGAAUUGCUGCUGAUCAUGUUAUUGUCACAGUGCCUCUAGGAUACCUAAAGAGGCACCAUUCAACCCUCUUCAGGCCUCCACUCCCUUUGCACAAGCUGCACUCUGUGCAGAGACUCGGCUUUGGAACAAGCAACAAAAUUUUUGUGGAGUUUGAUUCGCCGUGGUGGGAUCCUGACUGUGAAGUGAUAUACCUGGUGUGGGAAGAUGAGGAGCUUGUGGUGGAUGAAGUGCCAGAUAUACACAGAUCCUGGAUAAAGAAGAUGUUUGGCUUCAAUGUGCUCAAACCUACCAAAAGGUAUGGCCAUGUUCUUUGUGGCUGGAUAACUGGACAUGAGGCAGAGUACAUGGAGACGCUGUCUGAGCAGGAGGUCACGCACGCCGUCACGCAGCUCAUCCGCCAAUUCACAGGGAACCCUGUCAUCACGCCGAGGAGAGUCCUGUGCUCACAGUGGUUUCAUGACCCCUGGACAUGUGGCUCUUACACAUAUCCUGCAAAAUUUUGUUCAGUGCAGGACUUUAACAACCUUGGGGAACCCUUGCCUACAACAGGAGAACAGUCUCAGCCCUUUCAGGUCUUGUUUGCUGGAGAAAGUACUCAUCCCUACUUCUACUCCACCGUCCAUGGAGCUCUUUUCUCCGGCUGGAGAGAGGCUGAAAGACUCAUCUCUCACUACUCCAUCAUUAGUCCAUCUGAGCCACUCAAAUCCAAGCUCUAAGAAAAAGAAAUGCCAUGUUGAUCAUUUGAGAGGAGUUGUCAGAGUCGGAAAUCUCCAACUUUUUAAAAUAUGAGCUUAAUAAACUUUAAUAUGAGUUAAUUGAAAUAGCAUUCAAGUCAUAGCAAAGAUGGCAGGGUUGUUUUGGUGACUCUUGGUGGAAGUCUGCUGCUUCUCAGAAUUUUCAACAAAACAAUUCUUACGGUUCAGAUGUAUCAAAA